UCCAUAAAAAAAAAAAAGACACAUUAUCAAGUAGCUCUGACAAUACAAUACCACAAAUAUGCGGUACUGAAAAGAGAAAUGAAAUAAAAAUGAGUGAGAAGAAGAAGAAAGGAAAGGCAAUAAUAGUAGGAGGAAGCAUAGCAGGAUUAUCAUGCGCACAUGCUCUCAUUUUAGCAGGCUGGGAUGUUCUUCUUCUCGAGAAAUCAAGCUCACCUCCUAAUGGCAGCCCAACUGGUGCUGGUAUUGGAAUUGACCCUCUCUCUCAACAAAUCAUCCAAUCUUGGCUUCAAAACCCUCACCUUCUUCAACAACUCACCUUCCCUCUCCCAAUCGAUCAGAAUAUUGUAACAGAUGGAGAUAAAGGUACUAGAAUACUGACCAGAGAUGAGAACUUCAACUUUAGAGCUGCACAUUGGGCUCAUCUUCAUGCCCUUCUGUACAAUGAUUUACCAGCUGAAAUAUUUUUGUGGGGUCAUCUUUGCCUUUCCUUCUGCAUUUCUGAAGACAAGAACUCUGUUGAAGUUAAGGCCAAAUGUCUUCUAAAUGAUGAGAUCAAAGAGAUAAAUGGGGAGUUGCUAGUCGCAGCGGAUGGGUGUCUCUCUUCAAUUCGCCGGACGUUUCUUCCUGACUUCAAAUUGAGGUAUUCUGGAUAUUGUGCUUGGAGAGGGGUUCUGGAUUUUUCGGGAAAAGAGAGUUCAGAAAUUAUUCUAGGCAUUAGAAAGGCGUAUCCUGAUCUUGGGAACUGCUUAUACUUUCAUCUUGGUAAUGGAAUUCAUACUGUUCUUUAUGAACUUCCAAAGAAGAAGCUCAAUUGGAUUUGGUAUGUUCACCAACCUGAGCCUCAACUGAAGGGAAAUUCAGUCACCUUGAAAGCAAGCAGUGAGAUGAUAAAGAAUAUGUAUAGAGAAGCAGAGAAGGUUUGUCCCCCUGAGUUUGUGAAAAUGAUGAGAGAUACAGAGGAGCCUUUUCUGAAUGCCAUAUAUGAUUCCGAUCCUAUACAACAGAUCGUCUGGGACAACGUGGUACUAAUAGGAGAUGCUGCGCAUCCUACAACUCCUCAUGGCCUGAGAAGUACAAACAUGUCAAUUGUAGAUGCUGCAGUUUUAGGUAAAUCUCUUGAGAGGUGGGGAGUGGAAAAUUUGUCGUCGGCCCUUGACGAAUACCAGCGUUUUCGGCUACCAGUCACUUCGAAGCAAGUCUUACAUUCCCGACGGAUGGGCCGAAUCAAACAAGGCUUGUAUCUUUCUGACCGUGAACUGUUUGAUCCUAUAACAUCAACUCGAGACGACUGUGAAGAGCUUCAACAGAAACAUAUGCCUUUCUUUGCUGGUGUUCCUGGCUUAGUUGAUUGAUUGCCACUUUAUCAAUAGUCGAGACCUAUAUUGCACGGAAACUAAAACGGAUACCAGAAAAUGGUGUUUUAAAAUUUAAGAAACAUUGGAAAAUGUAUAGAUAAUAAGAAUAUAAGAAUAUGUUUGUAAUAUUAAAAUUAUAAAAUUUUAUCAAUAUAUAAAAUAUAUUUUCAUGUAAA